AUGGGCGCCUAUCUCUAUGGGCGCCUAUCUCUAUGGGCGCCUAUCUCUAUGGGCGCCUAUCUCUAUGGGCGCCUAUCUCUAUGGGCGCCUAUCUCUAUGGGCGCCUAUCUCUAUGGGCGCCUAUCUCUAUGGGCGCCUAUCUCUUUGGGCGCCUAUCUCUAUGGGCGCCUAUCUCUAUGGGCGCCUAUCUCUAUGGGCGCCUAUCUCUAUGGGCACUAUCUCUAUGGGCGCCUAUCUCUAUGGGCGCCUAUCUCUAUGGGCGCCUAUCUCUAUGGGCGCCUAUCUCUAUGGGCGCCUAUCUCUAUGGGCGCCCUCUCUAUGGGCGCCUAUCUCUAUGGGCGCCUAUCUCUAUGGGCGCCUAUCUCUAGGGCGCCUAUCUCUAUGGGCGCCUAUCUCUAUGGCGCCUAUCUCUAUGGGCGCCUAUCUUUGGCGCCUAUCUCUAGGGGCGCCUAUCUCUAUGGGCGCCUAUCUCUAGGGGGCCUAUCUCUAGGCGCCUAUCUCUAUGGGCGCCUAUCUCUAGGGGCACCUAUCUCUAUGGUGCCUAUCUCUAUGGGCGCCUAUCUCUAUGGGCGCCUAUCUCUAGGGGCGCCUAUCUCUAUGGGCGCCUAUCUCUAUGGGCGCCUAUCUCUAGGGGCGCCUAUCUCUAGGGCGCCUAUCUCUAUGGGCGCCUAUCUCUAUGGGCGCCUAUCUCUAUGGGCGCCUAUCUCUAUGGGCGCCUAUCUCUAUGGGCGCCUAUCUCUAUGGGCGCCUAUCUCUAUGGGCGCCUAUCUCUAUGGGCGCCUAUCUCUAUGGGCGCAUAUCUCUAUGGGCGCCUAUCUCUAG